GAGAAAAGGUGAGUUAUUUUCUUUAUCUUUUUUUUUUUGUUAUUAUGAAUUUAACGUUGGAAGAGAGGACGGAAAGAACAUAGAGAUUCGAGGAUCUGGUUCCUUUGCGUUUGUUAGUUGCGACCAAUUCUUUAAUCACCGUUUUCUGAGAGAGAGGCGCAAUAUUAGCUACAAAUUUUAUUUAUUUUUAUUUGUAAUUUUUCGAAUGAAUGAAAACACCGCCAUCGCUCUUAUCUCUCACCAUUGACUCAGCCGUCCUUAAUCUCUCCGACAUCACCGAUCUCUCUUCCAUCCCUGAUCACAUCCUCCUUGAUCUCUUCCUGCAUCCUUAUUGCAUUGAUUGAUUUUCAUGGCAGAGAAUAUUGAAAGCUGGAAAGCUGACUGAGAAAGUUCUGAGACUGUUUAUAGCAACCGGUAAGGAUGAAGUCCUCUCACUUGUUCAGGCACUCAAUAUUCAACAUAUUUUGACUCCUGUGCUUCCUACCAGUGAGUUGUUUUAAGGUUUUUUUUUAUUUUUUUAUUUUCUUGUAGUAGUGAUUUCUUUAGUGACAAAUGUUACUUUUCUGACUUUGGAAUAUCUCAAUGUAUAGGAUGUUCUGAGAAAUUCUAAGAUAAGGUUAAACUAUUAUCGACUCAUUGAAUUCAGAUCAUUGGGUUUGAAAUAAGGAGCGGAAGUAAGACCUUUUUAGUUUGUGAGAUAGUCUGUGUUGUGUACCUGGCAAGAUGUCUCAAGCAGUUAUCAACGAUAAUGAAGUGGACAUUGUGAUUGCUGCAUUGCGAUCUGACCUUACAUCUUUUCUGAAUGAAUGGAAGCCAAUAUUUUCCCGUUUUCAUGUGAUAAUAAUCAAAGAUCCUGACCUCAAGGAGGAACUUCAAAUUCCCCAAGGCUUCAAAGCUGAUGUGUAUACAAAGUCUGAAAUUGAGCGAGUGGUGGGUUCAUCCACUUCUAUUCGCUUCUCUGGCUACUCGUGUAGAUAUUUUGGCUUUCUAGUUUCACAGAAGAAGUAUGUUGUCUGCAUUGAUGAUGAUUGUGUUCCAGCAAAAGAUAGUGCUGGGAAUUUGGUAGAUGCUGUGGCUCAGCAUGUUGUGAACCUCAAGACUCCUGCCACCCCUUUCUUCUUCAAUACACUGUAUGAUCCAUUCCGUAAGGGAGCAGAUUUUGUACGUGGUUACCCUUUUAGCCUGCGAAGUGGGGUUGAUUGUGUUCUGUCAUGUGGUUUAUGGCUCAAUCUGGCAGACUUUGAUGCACCAACGCAAGCUCUCAAGUCAGGGCAGAGGAACAUGCGAUAUGUAGAUGCAGUUAUGACUGUUCCUGUGAGAGCCAUGAUGCCCGUGAGUGGAAUCAACAUUGCCUUUAACCGUGAAGCUGUUGGCCCAGCAUUGGUCCCGGCAUUGAGGUUGGGAGGGGAGGGAAAAUUGAGGUGGGAAACUGUGGAAGAUAUAUGGUGUGGAUUGUGUGUGAAAGUUAUAUGUGAUCACCUAGGCCUUGGUGUGAAAAGUGGGUUACCCUAUGUUUGGAGAACAGAGAGGGGUAAUGCCGUAGAGAGCUUGAAGAAAGAGUGGGAAGGGGUGAAAUUGAUGGAAGAAGUUGUGCCUUUCUUUCAGUCAGUAAGGUUGCCGCAAUCAGCAAACACAGCAGAGGAUUGUGUGAUCGAGGUGGCCAAAGUAGUGAAGGAGCAACUGGGGAAGGUUGAUCCUAUGUUUUCUCGUGCUGCUGAAGCCAUGGAGGAGUGGGUCAAGCUCUGGAAAUCAGUUCAAUCUGGUUGAAGCUCCAAGAGCUUGAUGUGGUGCGGUCUAUGUAUGUUUCAACCUCUCAUGGGGACUCUUGUAGGAGUGAAGUUUAUUACCAUAUUUGCUUCUAUAUUUCUUUAUAUAACUAAUUAAUAUCUGCUUUUUUUCUCCAGUUUGUAGUGAACUAAGCUUACAUUUUACAUGACACAGUUAGACUGAAGGCAGAAUAAAAUGAUAGUACUUAUUGGCUUUAUGACUAUUGAAUAAAUGCUUUGUC